AUGGCCUCAGAAAAGGCCUACCUCCGCCAGGACUCGGCGCCUGGUGCUCCCAGAGCGAAGUCUCCCGGACGCAGCUCCAAGUCCAUUGCCAAGGCCCGCGACUACACCUCCGACGGCGUCAAGGACAAUGAUAUUCUCAAGCUCCCCGGACGCGAUUGGAGGCUCCUCGGCCUCCUCACCGUCGUUGCGGCCGUCGUGAGGCUCUUCCGCAUCUACCAACCCAGCAGCGUCGUUUUCGACGAGGUCCACUUCGGUGGUUUCGCUUCCAAGUAUAUCAAGGGCCGGUUCUUCAUGGACGUCCAUCCUCCUCUCGCGAAGCUCCUCAUAACUUUGGCUGGUUGGUUGGCUGGAUUCGACGGCAACUUCGAAUUCAAGAACAUUGGCGAUGACUACCUCGAGGCCAACGUCCCAUAUGUGGCCAUGCGUCUCCUCCCCGCCGUUUUGGGAGUGCUGACCAUUCCCACCAUGUUCUUGACUCUCAAGGCGUACGGCUGCAAGACCAACAUUGCGGCUCUGGGUGCCGGACUUGUCAUCUUUGAAAACGGUCUUCUCACCCAGUCCCGUCUGAUUCUCCUCGACUCUCCUCUCGUCAUCUGCACCGCUUUCACCGCCCUUGCCUGGACUUGCUUCACGAACCAGCACGAGCAAGGCCCCUCCAAGGCUUUCACGCCAAGCUGGUGGACCUGGCUCUCUCUUUCCGGCCUUGGACUUGGUGCCACUGCCAGCGUCAAGUGGGUCGGCUUGUUCACAAUUGCUUGGGUGGGCAGCUUGACGAUUCUUCAAUUGUGGGUUCUUCUGGGAGACAACAAGAACGUCACGCCCCGCCUGUGGUUCAAGCACUUCUUCGCGCGCGUUUUCUGCUUGAUUGUCAUCCCCAUCACCUUCUACAUGGGCAUGUUCGCCAUUCACUUUAUCUGCUUGGUCAACCCCGGCGACGGCGAUGGCUUCAUGUCCGCCGAGUUCCAGUCGACUCUGAACAACAAGGGCAUGCAGUCGGUUGCGGCUGAUGUUGUCUUUGGCAGCCGUGUGACUAUCCGUCACUGGAACACCCAGGGCGGUUACCUCCACUCCCACGGUCACAUGUACCCGACUGGAAGCAAUCAGCAACAGAUCACCCUCUACCCCCACAAGGACGAAAACAACGUCUUCCUCGUUGAGAACUCGACCCAGCCUGUUACCGCCGAAAACGUCACCAUCCCCGGUCCUACGGCCUGGGAUGGCAUCAAGCCUGAGUUCGUCUACGAUGGAUCCAUCAUCAGGCUCUACCACGCUACCACCGACCGUCGCAUUCACUCGCACGAUGUCCGCGCUCCCAUCACGGAGGCUGAUUGGCAGAACGAAGUCUCGGCUUACGGCUACGAAGGAUUUGAGGGUGACGCCAACGAUCUUUUUAAGGUCGAAAUUGUUCCUUCGUACUCCGAUGGUACCCAGGCCAAGUCGCGUCUUCGUACGAUCGAGUCCAAGUUCAAGCUCAUCCACAUCAUGACCGGUUGCACGCUUUUCUCGCACAAGGUCAAGCUUCCCGAUUGGGGCUUCGAGCAGCAGGAAGUGACUUGCGCCAGGGGCGGUACUCUUCCCAACAGCAUCUGGUACAUUGAGCAAAACGACCACCCGCAGUUUGGCGCCGAGACCGAAAAGGUCAACUACAAGAACCCCGGGUUCUUCGGCAAAUUCUGGGAGCUCCAAAAGAUCAUGUGGAAGACCAACGCUGGUCUUACCGAGUCGCACGCUUGGGACUCUCGUCCUCCGUCCUGGCCUAUUCUCCAGCGUGGUAUCAACUUCUGGGGCAAGAACAGCCGCCAAAUCUACCUCAUGGGCAACCCCGUUAUCUGGUGGACUUCCACUCUCGUCAUCCUCGCCUACGUCGGUGUCAAGGGCCUUGCGGUCUUGAGAUGGCAGCGUGGCUACAGCGACUACAGCCAGACCACCUUCAAGCGCUUCGACUACGAGGUUGGCAUGACUGUUCUCGGCUGGGCUUUCCACUACUUCCCCUUCUACCUGAUGCAGCGCCAGCUCUUCCUGCACCACUACCUUCCCGCUCUUUACUUUGCUAUUAUGGCCCUUUGCCAGUCCUACGAUUUCGUCACCAACCGUUUCGCCGCUCUUCGCAUCAGGGAUCACCCCAUGGUUGGGCAGACGGGUGCUGUCUUCUUCCUUGGUAUCAGCAUCUUUGUCUUCACUCUGUACGCUCCUCUUGCCUACGGCAACGCAUGGACCAAGGACCAGUGCAAGGCUGUCAAGGUUUUCGAGAAGUGGGAUUGGGACUGCAACAACUUCCACAACACCUACGAGGAAUACGGACCGGUCUACAACGGCAUUGGCGCCUACGUCCCUUCCUCUGAUGCCCCUUCGGCCCCGAAGUCUCAGGAGGCUCCUCCUCCGGUCCCUGUGCAACCGCAGGAACCAAGGGAGCCCAACGUCACUCCCAAGGCCGCUGCCGAAAACGCCCAGCACGUCGGCCGCCAGGAGAAGGUCGAGUACCGCGAUGAGCACGGCAACAUCCUCGACGAGGAACAGGUGCUGAGCGCAGCCGCCGAGGGCAAGGUCAGCUUCCAGACGCGGUACGAGACGCGCACGCGCCUCGUCGACGAGGAGGGCAACGAGAUUCCCGGCGUCGAUGUCCCCGAGGGCGUCGCGCCGCCGCACCCGGACGUCGAGGGCCAGAACCCGGAGACGGCCGAGGCGGCCGAAGGCGAUGCCAGCGAGAAGCCGCCGGUUGUUUCGGCCAACGAGGACGAGACCAAGGAGGCCAGCGCCGAGGGCAAGGAGAAGAAGGGCGCGCCGCGUCCGGCUAGCGACGCCAAGGAGGCGACGAAGCAGUGA